AUGGCAUUUAUGGGAGCGAAAACUAAACAUCGUUGCAUGGUGGCAAACAACACAGAUGUUAGUCGGCUUGUACCAUUGAUAAGAAAAAAUGGAAAGUCAAUAUGGGACGGAUGUCAUCUGUUUGAUGGUUAUAAUACUACAGAAAAGAUACCAUGCCCAAAUGGUUGGACUUAUGACCUCCCUGAAGGAGAGGCGACUAUAAUAUCUGAGGUAACAAUUUCUCAAAUUUAUUCCGGCAGUUUAGAUACAAACCACGACAGCUUAUUGUAUAAUACUAUACCUACACUGGACUACCACGUUUGAGACACCCUUUUCAGGAGAGAAAUGCAGAUGGCUAUGGAUUCAACUACCUGAAUAAAAUACAAGUAAAACUUGGACGUAAAACUUCGAUGAAGGGCCUUCGCUCGAAACGUCAAAGUUAUAUUUGUAUUUUUCAGGUAGUUGAAUUCUUACCAUCUGCAUUUCUCUGGUGUUUAAUUUUUGUUUCUACACACGCCGGCACAGAGAACUCGAGUUUAUAUCCUUUGCAGGCAGUUCGAUCUGAAUGAAAUGUUUACAGUUUAUUGCAGAAUACAACCUACACUGGACCCGACGAUUGAGAUAUCUUUUAAUUUUCAGGUAUAGUUCAUACACAAACAACGGCAGUUUAUUGUAGCUAGACUGCUACCUACACUGGACAACAUGGUUGCAGACGUUCGGGAGCCAUAGAGCGAUACUACGUCGAUAGUAGGCCUAUAUACGGCGAUAAUUUUGAAUUCAAAAUAUGUGUUUCAAAAUUUAGUUGAAUUAAGAAUUCUAGAGUUACAAAUUUCAUGUACAUGCAGUGACUCCGUAAUCAUGGACAUAACUUGUAAAUAAAAUUUAAAUUUGUGUCUGCGGCAGUUGAAAUUAUUUGAUUACGAUUGUAGCAAUCUGAGCUUGGAGUACGUUACUGGCUAACAUUCCAAAAAUUAUUGGCUACUUGUUGGACUUCACGUUUAAUAAUGGCGCCCAAUCCUGUCUUUAGAUAACAAUCAUUUACUCCAUUAUUUUCUAUUUAGUGGGAUCUUGUCUGUGACAACGCUUACAAAGUCAGCCUAGCCACAAGCAUGUAUUUUGCCGGAGUAACGUUAGGGAGUCUGGUGUUCGGAACAUUAUCAGAUAAAUUUGGAAGAAGACCUGUGUUUCUGUUUACAAUGUUUUCUCCAUUUGUUCUUGGCUUGUUGUUGUUCUUUAUAAAGAACUAUAUCGCAUUUGUUGUCCUUCGGUUCUUCCUUGGAUCCGUUAUGCAGGUACAGUCAUUAUGUAGAAUAAAUUGGACCAAUUAUUAAAUAACAGACUUAACUGCACUGUAAGAUUUAUUUUCCUUACUUCCAGGGCCUACAAAUUGCCACCUUUACCAGUCAGGUAGAGAUGCUUGCCACUCAGUACAGAACAUCCUUCGGAAUUGGACAAGGGGUUUUUUGGGCUACUGGAGUCAUGUCAUUGGCACUGGUCUCGUAUCUCAUCAAAGAAUGGCAUUACAUUCAGCUGGUGUCCACCACAAUUUUCCUGUUCCAAAUUGGAUUGGUCUGGUAGGUACUGGUCGGCAAUUCAUUAGCAGAUUGGUGGCUUGAGUUAGCGUCACGGGAGAGCAGAUAUAAAGGUCAACUUCGGAAACAGGACAUUUGCCAUAUUGGUGUCACCUCAUCAAUUAUUCACUGGCAAAUGUCAGAAUGAAGAGAGGUCACUAUAUAGUAACCAAUUUCUCCCUAGGCAAUAUUUUUUUAUUUCUACCAAUCACCAGAAACUUUAAUUAAGAACCUUUUCUAACAUGUCAGCAACACCAAUGCAGAUUUGCACUGGUACAAUCUUUGCUCAAACCUAUGGGACAGGUGCUGUAAUUUCACAAAAUUUGAAAGGCAUAACGCCCCCUGUUCCCCCAGUUCAAUGUUGGGCCGACAAAAAUCUGAUGUCUGUUUGCGGGACGCCAACAUUGAAACGGGUGGGGUGGAAAAAUGUAUCACGGAAUGAUAUAUUACAACGGAAUGCAUGUGAAAACUAGAUUGUUCCAAUCUAUAUUGUCAAAGAUUGUAGCUCACACCAAAAUGGGCGCCAUUGGCUUCAUUUAUGCAUAGCACCCAUGCUCUAUCUCAGGUAGUCCUAAUUUUGAGAUAAGUGACAUAAAGACAAUACAUUUCUAGACUGGAGUGUCGAAACGAUGGGCCUCAAAUGUGAUAAUAUUCAUUACUUUUCUAUAUAGGUGUUUACCCGAAUCCAUUCGUUGGCUUCUAAUCAAUAACCGCUUUGACAAAGCAGAGAAAGUCGUUAGAAACAUCUGCUCUUUCAACAAGAUUAUCUUCCCACGAGAUAUAUUUGAUAAAACGGUGAACAAGAUUGAAAACAAGUCGGAUAUCAAGAAUUUUACAAUUGUUGACAUUUUCAAGUCAAGUGUGUUGAGGAAACGAUCUUUGAUUAUGAUGGUGGUUUGGUAA